AGUGCGACUGGCGACUCGGGUUGGGCCCUGCCUGACUCCGGACGAAGUCGUGGGGUGCGCACACAUCUUCCUCUCUGUGAAGACACUAGGCCAAGUUGAGGAAGAAGUGGAAGGCAAGAUCCUUCGUCUAAGAGCUGGACCAGGUCUGGCUCGACAGUCACAAAGGUGUGCCCUAUUGGUUGAUUGAAUGUGGGUGGGCCAUGGUACUAGGCCACCCGAACCGCCACCAGUGGAAACUUCAAGCCCCAUCCGGGCUCCUUGGCAACUGAAACGUCGGUGGUCGUGUUCACUCACCUUCGCUCUCGGGGAAACUGACCCGGUGACCUUGGUGAGUGUGGGGCCGUCAUGGGCUGGUGGGAUUCGAAAACACGCCCUUAGAAGUCCGCCCCCUUGGCCCAACGUCAUGGCCAUGCCCUGGUGGGACACAACUGUCAACGAGUGGACCUUCUACGUGUGCCUGCCCGUGUUGCUCAUGGUGGUGUGUCACGUUUACCAAAGUUGGCACGAUCAGAUGUUGCCUCAGCCUCCUUUGGUCCCGGUCCAGCCACGCCUCUCUGUUCCCAUCGAUCAGGGCGGGCUCUCGCCUCCCGCCCCGCCCGACAAUCUGGAAAAGUCAAUCCCUGGCGACUCCGAUUCUCAAAAUGCCGAUGACGAAUUCGAAGAGAGUGGGCGUGCUCAGGAUGGGCCCAUUACCGGAGAAGGAUAUGACGACGAAGAAGGUGAGGAUGAGGAAGAAGAGGCCGACGAUGAUGAAGAAGACGACGACGACGACGACGAAGAUGAGAUGGCCGGGGAUUUUGUCUGUCUCUCGGCACGCGGGCACGGUUCGGGUGGAGAUUCUUGCUCCUCAAAAUCCCUGAGUCGCCGACAGAGGAAGAAUCGCAAAAGCCACCAAUCCACCCACAAACAUGGCGGCGACCAUCCAAUGUCACCUGGCCAGGGAAAAGCCUCCAAGAUCACGGCCCCGGGUGCCAUGUUCCGGGUCUUGGCUCUCUCCAAGGACAUGAUUUACGCCACAUUGAACAAUUCCGACUAUCUUCUCACGCAGAAUGAGCGGAUCAUUCUUGGAUACCCGCAAGAGACUAAGAACCCUGGCCAAGCCAAGAUUUUCAAGGACCCCCAAUCCAACCCGACAACGGACGCCUUUGCCCGAGAGAGUCCGAGUGAAGUCCCGGAUAUCGUUCCUCAACCUCAUUUAGACCUCACCCCCACCCCUGACCAGCAAAGCUUGAAACGAGCCCUGGACGCUAACGCUCGAGAGUUCGUGCCCGGACGGAUCGGGAGUGCGCCCGAUCUGGUGUCCAUGACCAAUUCGUGGAACCCGGACUCGGACCAACCACCCCCGCUACAACCAAUUCCAUCCUCACCCAGACUUCGAGCCACCGCCCGUGAGUUUGUGCCUUCUCGCUCGGUGUUCAAUCGGACGCCAUCCCAUCGGAACGUCGUUAGUGACCUGGUUUUGAUCACUAGCUCCGACGCAGAUGACGAGGGCAUCGUUCCUUCCCAUGGCGAUCCGCUCGUGAAGAAGUGCAUCCGGUGCAAGAAACGCUUCCGCUUGAGCUCGCCCAGCGCCGAAAUCUGCGUCUACCAUUACGGCAAGAUUAGAGCACGGAAGAGAAAGCGACCGCCUAUUUACACGUGUUGUGGCGUGUCGGUCCAUGAUCGCGCUCAGCCCGGUUGCUUUCGAGCUCUUUGUCACGUGUGGUCGGGGAUCGAUAUGCCCAAAGCUCGCGGGUUUGUUGGGCCCUUCAAAGGGUACGUGUCGACGUCGAAACCAGAGUGUUUUGCCCAAAAUCCCGGUGUUUUUGCUCUGGAUUGUGAAAUGGGGUUCACCACAGUGGGGUUCGAACUCAUACGGGUCACAGUUGUGGAGGUAGACGGGUCCGAGAUUUACGAUAGCCUCGUUUGGACCGAGCACCCGAUUUUGGACUACAACACCAAGUUCUCUGGGAUCACGCACCGUGAUAUGGAGCGGGGGUCUCCCAAGUCGCUCAAGCAAGUCCAAACCGACCUCCUCGAACUGUUUAAUAGCGAGACCAUCUUGGUAGGCCAUGCGCUCGAGAAUGACCUCCGCGCCCUGAAGUUAUUCCACACCAAGAUAUGUGAUACCUCAUCCGUGUUUCCACACGAAUUCGGUCUUCCUUAUCGGACGUCUCUCCGUCUUUUGGCCAAGCAGAAACUCCACAUUCGAAUCCAGGAAGACGAAUCUGGACAUGACAGCUACGAAGACGCUCGGAUAUCCAUGGACCUGAUUCUAUGGAAACUCUUGGACGAUCAUAAGGAAAAAAUGAAGUGAACAGCAGGAAUGAAUACUCCUCCCUCUCCCCCUUUCCUUUUUUUAUGUAUUUAUUACGGGAAUGGACACUCCCUCCAUAUAAUAAUACCCGUCUCCCCAUUAGCCUGUAACUGACUUAAGGAGGCAGAAAUCUCAGUUAUCUCCCAAGUUCAUUUGUAUCUUCGAAAACGGACCAAGAAAGGAAAGAACCCCCUCCACCGAAACACCACUGCAACUACUCUUCCCCCCAACUUUGAAGGCAAGAACGAGUCGACCGAUUUCGUUUUUGUCCACUAGUUAGUCAUGGGAACAAAGAACCAAUACUCUGUUUCUACAAUGUACGUACACAUAUACAUACAAAGCCACUGUCAACGUGCCUAAAACAAAUGCCUUUUUUCCGGUCUUUCCAAGCCUUGUAUCGAGCUCGGAAACCUCAACUCGCUUAAAAGUCAGUAACAACGCCAAGAAAACGAUGAAGAAAGAAGAAAAAAAGAAGAAAAUCAUACAAAAAAGAAAUAAAACCAUGUCUAUGCGUAACUGCAACCAA